CAGAGGCCGGAGACAUCUGGAGCACCAGCCAAAACACUCUGCAGCUUUUCAUUGUUUUCAGAACGGAACUGGUUUGCAGAGGAGAAAGAAAAGACCCAUAACCUCUUCUACAGACGAUUUCCUUCUUUAGUUUGGUCUCUAAACAGGAUGCUUGAGCGAGACUCUUAGUCAAAGGCUUUCACCAGUUGUUGUUUGGCUACGAAUGAAGAACCACAUACUGGUUUUACGCUGGAAACAUUUGGACUUUACUGAAGUUUUCUCCCCGUUUGUGUAGAAAUGAGGCUGUUCAUCCUCUGUCUGGAGCUCAUCUGCAGCUUUCAAGCUUUAUUCGGAUCCCAGCAUGAAACCCUGUGCACUUCUAACACCUGCUUUACUUUUCACAUGGAGAAAGCAAAUUUCUCCAAGGCCCAUCAGAGCUGCACAAACAACGGUGGGCAGCUGAUGACCAUCAGAGACAAACAUGAAGAGGACGUGUUGCAAUCGCUUCUCUCACGGAUCCAAAGAGAAAGUCACAGCAAGCCGCCAGCGUUUUGGAUCGGACUUAAGCUGCACAAAAAGGACUGUGUCGUCCACGGAAAGCCUCUCCGAGGGUUCAAGUGGGUAUCUGGGGAGGAAGAUUCCUCUUACUCCAACUGGAAAAAAAAUCCUCCUCUCACAUGCACAACAGAUAGAUGUGUAAUGAUCGAUUACACUUUUUCAGUCCAAGAUCAGCUGAAGUGGAGGGCUAGAGGAUGCGGAGGGCACGCUUUUUACGCAUGUAAGUUUUAUUUCCAGGGGAUGUGCCAGCCUUUGGCUCUGCUCGGACCUGGACAUAUUAGCUACAUUGCACCGUUCUCAAAAAUCCCACAAAAAAGCAAGAUGAACUUACUUCCCAAGGGAACAUACUCAGAAAUUACAUGCAGUGACAAGCAGUCCCACUAUUCUGUGUGCACAGAGCUGAGUGGCACUUUCAGCUGGACCAAUCCCGGCCCUUUUUGCAAGUUGGAAAUGCGAAGCUGCGAAAUAAACAAUGGUGGGUGCGAACACCUGUGCCAACAGGACGGAGAUUCUGUUCUGUGUUCUUGCAAAGACGGUUAUGACUUGGAUGAGGAUGCAUUUUCUUGCAGAAUUGGAGAUCUAUGUCGCCCUGAUACCUGUGAGUAUCAGUGUGUGAUGGGGGUGUCAGGGUUCUUCUGUAGAUGUCCGCAUGGUUUUCACUUGGAUGCAAACCUGCGCACUUGCUCCGACAUUGACGAGUGCCAGUUGCAGACCUGUGAGGGGCAUGAGUGCGUAAAUACGCCUGGCAGUUAUAAAUGUGUGUGCAGAGACGGCUAUGAAAUGUUGGACGGAGAAUGCAGAGACAUAGACGAGUGCAAGACAUCCACAUGUGAGCACAGCUGCUUAAACUACGCCGGAUCGUUCUCCUGCAGCUGCAAUGACGGCUUUGCUUUAUCGAGUGACGGGCGCUCCUGUGCUGAUGUUAAUGAGUGCAUGUAUAACCUUUGUCUCCCUGGAUUUACAUGCAUCAAUACUAUAGGCAACUUCGAGUGCAGAGACCACCAGGUGAACAGAGAAACAACUAAAGAACCUUCCACGUCGGUGGCAGCAGAAGGCUCAGGUGAUGAAGAGUCCCACGAGAACGCCACACAGUCCCUGACAUUGACCACAGUGGAGCUGCAGCAUCAGUCCCCUCACGUUAAUGUGGCGGCGCCAGUAGUGAUUAACACCACAGACGCUGAUCAGCACACUAAUGCGUCAGCAAGUGAAGCCAAGGCCGCCAGAUCCAGGAUGCUCAUCUGCAUCCUCGGUUCUGUCGUUCCUCUCCUCGUUUUGGUUGCGGUCACUCUGUUUAUUGUGGUUUAUCGGUGCAGUCGCUCCAAGAAGGAGGUCAAGAAGAACACCUCAGCGGAUGGGUACUGCUGGGUGUCCUCUGGUUUGGACCCCCGUUUAGAGAAACUGUAUGAGUCCAUCAUGACUGAUGAUCUAUGACCUCAUAUGGACAGAAAGACUUUCUGCAUUUAUUUAUAUAAUUUAUACUGCCGCUCUGCUUUUGCAGAGCUGUGGUCAGGUUUCAUUUUAUCAAGUCUGUAAUGCACAUGGGUGACCCAAAGGUAAAGUCUGGUUGCAAAGAUUUCAAAUCUGCAAUUUGUUGACAAAUCUUGAAACAAAUGUAAAUAACAUUUUUUAUUUCACUGCUGUCUACAGUUGCAUAAGUCGUAUAAGUAUUCCUUAUGUCAUAUUAACUGUAUAUUUGUGUAAUGUUUUCAGAAUACACAACUUUAUCUCUGGGAUGUUACACAUUACCCUGCAUUCAUCAGUUGUGUGUCUUUUGGUGUUUUUUGCAAAUUCACUUGAACAAAAAAAAAACAAUUUUCUCACUCCUCCUUGGCACCAUGUAGCACCAUGGAAGCUUUUUGCAUAUCUAGCAGGAACACAAGUGCAAAUAAAUGUUGCUUUUGGCUGCUUCCUGUUUCUACAUGAGGGGAAUAAUAAGGGUGUGGGGAGUUCUUUGUUAGGACUGAAAAGGUUCCAGCUAUUUUAAUAGCAUGACCACUGAGAUGUAAAUAUGGAUGACUGAAGUGUUUAUUUUUAUAAUGUCACUAAUAAAGAUGUUAAAAGCUUGC